AUGAUGCGCACAUACUUUUGUUGGUGGUAUGCCUUCAAGAAUGCGUGUAUGAAUGAGGUGCGGCUCAGCUCGGGCAGCACACCAGCGUUCCUUCUGCGUGUGUGGUGUGUGACGAGCGGUGGUGCAAACGUCAUGUGUAAAGAACCCGUGAUGAUGAACGAAAGUGUGCUUCGGCGUGUCUUUGUGUCUGUGUGUGUGUGUGUGUUCCUUGCUGUUGGUUGUGUGUCGGUGCGGGUGCGGGUGCGAGAGAGCUACACGGUGGUGCCUGCGCGUGUUCAUCCCCCGUCCAGCCCCAGCCCCCUCUAG